UGCCUGAACCAUAGCUUGCUGUAUCCAUUCCAUUCUAUAUACUAGUUCUGCUGUUGCGUGUCUGCAUACAGUGCAGCUUGGUUUUCUCGUCUACCAGAUCAAUCUCUAUGUUUGGCUUCUUUUUUGCUAAGCUAGCUUCUUCUCACCGGUUCACUUAAAUCCAGCGCUACAAUCAAGGAACGAAGAAUUAAGCCUGGAGUCUUUUCUACAGAUCCAUCAGAUCCAUGGGUUAGACUGGACGAGCCAAUUCAACUCUAAAGGAACCUGGAGAUCCAUUCGAUACAUCAUGGGGAGGGAGAUCGGGAUCAAGGCAAAUACCAUCGAUGCUGCAGCAGGAGAGAUACUCCGUAUUGUGGAGGACACGAACGAACACGAACGAAAUAUCUACUUCUAUGGCUGGCAUGGACUCGGGGCAUCCACUGUUCUCAGAGUGGUAGCCCAACGUCUUAAAUCAUCAGCUGCUCAAAAAAUGAAGUUUGACAAGGUUGUCCACGUGGAUUGCUCUUUGUGGCAAAGCAUCAGAGCCUUGCAAAAAGCAGUUGCUAAGGAGCUAGAGCUUCCCCAGUCAGUGAUGGCCAUCUUCGACCAGCACGACGAGGAGGAUGAUUUCAAUGGGAUAGACCAGGGCUCUAGGGGAGUGAUAUGGCAUGUCACAGGGGAGAUCUUCAGAAAGCUUGCUAACAGUACAUUUGUGGUGAUUUUUCACAACGGGAGCAGCCACUUCAUUGAUUUGUACGAGUGUGGUGUCCCUGUAACAGCAAUUUUGAGUAACAAGGUGUUGUGGACCUGGGGCAGGAGAUUUCAGCUCUAUCAAAGUUGGGAAGAAGUGGCUUUGGAAAACGCCAAGGUUGAUGUUGACAUUGGAAUUGCGGAAUGGCGGGAUCAUGCAUUGCAUGAAGAGGCCGCGGAGGUUGCCAAGUACAUGGGUGUUCUUGAGCCUGACAAGAUAGUUGAGUGCUUCCGCUAUGUCUGGGCACAAAGACAUGCUGGCUGUAUCGACUGGGGGAUGCAUGCUUCAAAUUAUUGGGUAUGUGAUGGGAUCAUACAAGGUCAAGGUGAUACAUCUGCAUGGGAGGUUAGUGAUGGUCUGCAUAGAAACAUAAACUUGGACUGGAUUAAGGAGGAUACUGACAUUGAGGAAGAGAUUAAUGCUUGCAUUUCUGGUCCUGAUGAUCGCUGGGUUUCAACCACACACCAAGCCCUGAUGCAUGAUCAUGUUGGUGUGCUGCCUCCUCUGACGACAUCCUUCUUCCUCCUAUCAGAAAAAUCAGAUGGUAGGAGGGUGGUAUUACCAGCUGCCAUGUUCUCAGACAACAAUAGGCUUCGUGUGUUACAUCUAUCUUGGUGCACCUUCAGUUUUACAUCUCCUCCCUUCUUCUGUUGCAGCCACCUAAGAUUCCUCCUGCUGGAUCACUGCACAGAUGUCAGAGAGGAGGAGCAUCAAAGCAACAACCAAAAUGGAUCAUGUUUUCAAAAGUUGUGGGUGUUGGACCUGAGGCAUACAGACUGGUACUCAAAAGCGAUGAUAUGUUUAAUGGAUGAACUCAGGGAGCUGAAUAUGGAGGGAGUUAGGGAUUGGAUGAGCAUAGCUCAUCUAUGUGGCAGUAAAAGUAGCCUUGUCAUGCUCCGAGUAUCAGCCAACCCGUACUCUGCAAAAGAAAUAGUGAUGCAACGACCAGUCCUUAACCUAUCGAGAGCCAACCACCUUACGACAGUCAUCCUUGAGAACUGUGUUGGAUUGGAACAAGUUCUCCCUUAUGUUUUUCCACCAUCACUCGAGUCAUUUAGCUUCAUCAUCAUUGAUGCUGCUAUUGCUAAGAUAUCUAGCAUGUCCUUUGGGGGCCUCAUUAAAUUGAAGAGUGUGCUGCUGAGAGGCUUGAUGAAGAAACUCGAGGAGCUGGACCUCUCGGGCACAGCAGUGAAGACCCUCAACCUCAGAGAAGUGGUAGCACCGAACCUCAAGCGGCUCACCCUAUUGGGCUGUGAGAAACUGCAAGCAAUACAAUGGCCACCAAGUAACAAAAGGACAGAGAAGUUGGAGGUGUUGCGCAUUGACACCGUCCGAUCUGCAUCAUCUGGCCAAGCUAAUUGGGAAGAAAAGAGCAAGGAGACUAGUGUUGCUACAGGAUCAUCGUGUAUUGUUGCAGUUGCUGCUACAAAACGAGCUGCAUCCUUUAAUUGGUACAUCUCUGUAAGGGAUGCAAGGCUCCUUAGGUCGCUAGUGCCUGUCAAAGAAUAUUUCUGUGGGGUUGGACAUGUGGACAUGGCAUCAUCGCCUGCAAGUAGUGUUGUUGUUGCUGCUCAUGGAAUUAGACAACCUGGUCAUUAUUUAUAUGCAAGAGAUAUCAUCUUUAAAGACCACCUACAGGCUGUUGCUACUAAUGAAGGUGUGAUCAGGUGGAUGUGGGCUAGCCCGCCUGCUCUUGCUGUUGAUAAAUUCAAGGGCUGGUACAUCCACAUACAAGAUGAAGAGGAGAUAAAAAGUGGAUUACUGCAACAGCAAAAUCAACGGGGCAGCACCCAAGGAACUAGUAUUGGUGCUGCUUUAAUCCUCCCUGAUUUUAUAUAUUACUAUGCUGAGAUGCUACAUGUGCAUGAUAGCUUGUCCAUCACUAGCAUCCUAGCCCCACGAGAUUCACCUUGGGACUGGCUUAAACAGUGCCGAGUUGAGAGGUGCCCCAAGCUAAGCUCUGUCUUUGCUACUCCUACACAAAGUGAUGAUGAUGGCGAGAUCAUAUGCUUUUAUUGGUUGACCGCAUUUUGGGCAUCCCAGCUCCCAAUGGUGCACUACAUUUGGAACUGGAGUACAAGAUGCCCACCCUCCUUUUAUUCCUUUAAACACCUUAAAAAUUUGCACUUAGACAAUUGCCCUAGGCUCAUACAUGUUCUCCCCCUAUCCACGCAUAUGACUGUCUUGUGGGACCUAGAGACCCUUGAGAUAGUGUGUUGUGGCGAUCUCGUGGAAAUCUUCCCUUUGAGUCCUGAGCGACAAGACAAGCAAACAAUUACGGAUUUCCCCAACCUGAGGCACAUCCACCUCCACGAUCUCCCUAGCCUGCAGCACAUCUGCGGGAGUAAGAUGUUUGCGCCGAAGCUCAAGACUAUCAACAUAAGGGGCUGCUGGAGCCUCAGGCGUCUGCCCGCCGUUGGCAAGCAAUGCCCCGAGGUGAACUGCGAGAAGGAUUGGUGGGACAGCUUGGCGUGGGACGAGGGUGAUCCGAACCACCAUCCUUCACUCUACCGGCUGAUCCACUCGAGUUACUACAAGAAGGCCCAGCUGCCGAGAGGCACCGUACUCAGGUAAUCCACCCCUUCCAUGAGUUCAUCUUCAGUUUGCUUCAACAUAAUUAGCAUGUUGAUCUACCAAGUUGAAGAUUUCUCUGUGAUAUAUGGUUGUGUAUGUUGCCUAUACCCAAAGUCAUGUUGCUUGAUUGGUUUGUGUGUGCUCUGCAUCCGCAUCGCCAAGGUGUGGCUCUGCAUCGGUCCACAUUGUAAGACGUGUUGUUGCGUCUUCCAGUUUGGUUUUGAUUGGCUCGGUCAGCUUUGCUGGAUCGACCCAUACCAGCGUGCAUCAAAGCAAGUACUUAUCAUCUGGUUGGAGAGAUGAUGGUACAUGCUCUGAGCAGAUAGAAAUAAAUAAGAGUGGCAUCCAGCUUAUGCGGCAUGAGCCCCUGACCCGCUCAUGCUGCUGCUAUGCUCUCGCUAUGUGGUGUGGUGUGUGAUUGUCAGCCAUGGACUGAUUGUUGUAAUAAUUUGAUUGUGCGUGUGAUUUAUGCAAAA